UUUUCCUUUAUUUUUCGCCGUCAGCAUGGUUAAACUGUCGGCAGAGCUCAUUGAGCAAGCUGCUCAAUAUACAAACCCUGUGCGUGACAGAGAACUGGAUCUGCGAGGUUACAAAAUCCCCGUACUGGAAAAUCUUGGUGCCACCCUCGACCAGUUUGAUACAAUUGAUUUUUCCGAUAAUGAAAUCAGAAAACUGGAUGGCUUUCCCCUACUUAAAAGGCUCAAAACAUUGUUGCUGAAUAACAACCGCAUAUGCCGUAUAGGUGAAGGCCUUGAACAGUCAUUGCCGAAUUUGAAAGAACUGGUUCUGACGAGUAAUAACAUCCAAGAACUGGGUGACUUGGAUCCCCUUGCGUCUGUGAAGACUUUGACCCUCCUCAGCUUGCUAAGAAAUCCAGUGACCAAUAAGAAACAUUACAGACUCUAUGUCAUCAACAAAAUUCCCCAAAUCCGUGUGCUGGACUUUCAGAAGGUUAAACUAAAGGAACGACAGGAGGCAGAGAAAAUGUUCAAAGGCAAACGAGGUGCUCAGCUUGCAAAGGAUAUUGCCAAGCGAACAAAAACUUUCACUCCAGGAGCAGGUUUGCAGGCUGAUAAGAAGAAAACAGGCCCCUCUCCUGCAGAUGUGGAGGCUAUCAAGAAUGCUAUUGCUAGUGCCACGUCACUGGCAGAAGUAGAGCGGCUGAAAGGACUUCUCCAAUCCGGACAGAUCCCUGGGAGGGAACUAAGACAAGGUGCACAUGGCAUGGUGGAGGAAGAGGAGGAGGAAGAGGAGAAUGAAGGGAUGCAGUCAGAAUCAGAGAUACAUAUGGAAACUGGUAUUGGCCGACAUGAAAUGGGAGAUCAAAUCAGAGAGGAGGGUGAGAACGGAGAACAGGAGGAGGGAGAUGAAGAUGAUGUUGAAGAGGAGGACAUGCAUAUUAAUGGCUCCUAACUAUUUUUAUGUGUUGAUGGAUGUCCUAAAGUUGGCGAGUCACCCCUUUUUUGGAGCAGUAUGAUUUUGUUGGAUGAUAUCCCUGUUUAUGUUUCA